AUGUCUUGCCCAUCGAAAUCGGACGACUUGGUUUUCUUUGUGAAUGGGAGGAAGGUAGUAGAGAGGAAUGCAGACCCAGAAGUCACUCUGCUGACCUUCCUACGAAAGAUAGUACGCCUCACAGGAACCAAGUACGCCUGUGGAAGAGGAGGCUGUGGUGCCUGCACUGUGAUGGUGUCUAAGCAUGACCCAGUGUCCGCGAAGAUAAGACAUUUCUCCAUGACUGCAUGCCUGGUGCCCAUCUGCUCUCUGUAUGGGGCUGCUGUCACCACUGUGGAAGGUAUUGGAAGCAUCAACACCAGACUUCAUCCUGUGCAGGAGAGGAUCGCCAAGAGUCACGGCACCCAGUGUGGGUUCUGCACCCCUGGGAUGGUGAUGUCCAUGUACACACUGCUUAGGAACCACCUGCAGCCUUCAGAAGAGCAGCUCAUGGAAGCCCUGGGAGGUAAUCUAUGCCGCUGUACUGGGUAUCGGCCAAUUCUCACAAGUGGAAGGACCUUCUGUGUGGAGUCAACUGGUUGUCAAAAGAAAGGAACAGGAAAAUGCUGCUUGGAUCUGGGUGGAAAUGAUUCUUCCUCACUCAGCAGGGAAAGUGACAUUUGCACAGACUUAUUUGUGGAAGAGGAGUUCCAGCCCUUGGACCCUACCCAGGAGCUCAUAUUUCCCCCAGAACUCUUGAGAAUGGCAAAGAACCCAGAAACACAAACCUUGGCCUUUCAUGGAGAGAGGGUUACCUGGAUCUCCCCUGGCACCCUUAAGGAUCUCCUGGAGCUGAAAGCAAAACAUCCUGAAGCCCCUCUCAUCUUGGGCAACACUUCACUGGGACCUGCAAUGAAAUCUCAAGGACAUUUCUACCCAAUUCUCCUCUCUCCUGCUAGGAUUUCUGAGCUCAGUAUGGUAUUUAAAACAAGUGAUGGACUGACAAUAGGUGCUGGCUGCAGUCUGGCCCAAGUGAAAGACAUUUUGGCUGAGCAAGUUUCCCAGCUCCCAGAGGAGAAAACUCAGACAUACAGAGCCCUCCUAAAGCACCUGAAGAGUCUGGCAGGACAGCAGACCCGGAAUAUGGCAUCCUUAGGGGGACAUAUUAUAAGCCGACAUCACUAUUCAGAUCUGAAUCCAAUUUUGGCUGUGGGGAAUGCUACUCUCAAUCUGAUAUCAGAAGAAGGUACACGGCAGAUCCCUCUAAAUGACCAUUUUCUUGCCGGGUUGGCAAAUGCAGACCUUAAGCCAGAGGAAAUUUUGGAAUCCGUAUACAUCCCUCACUCUCAAAAGUGGGAAUUUGUGUCAGCCUUCCGGCAGGCUCAGUGCCAGCAAAAUGCCUUGGCCGAUGUGAAUGCUGGCAUGCGAGUCAUACUCAAAGAAGGCACAGACAUCAUCAAGGAGCUGAGCCUUUCCUACGGAGGGGUUGGGGAAACCACAAUCAGUGCACAUAAAUCCUGCCAGCAGCUCAUAGGGAGGCCCUGGAAUGAGCUGAUGCUGGAGGGAGCUUGCAGGCUGCUUCUGGAAGAGGUCUCCCUCCCAGGCUGUGCUCCAGGAGGAAGAGUGGAAUUCAAGAGGACUUUGGUGGUCAGCUUCUUCUUCAAAUUCUACCUAGAAGUUCUGCAGGAACUGAAGAAGCUUAUGAAACUUGACAGCCAUCAUUAUCCUGAAAUUUCAGACCGAUUCCUAAGUGCUCUAGAAGAUUUCCCCAUCACAGGACCCCGGGGAGUCCAAAGGUAUCAGAGUGUGGAUUCUCACCAAUCCCUCCAAGAUCCAGUGGGACGCCCCAUCAUGCACCUGUCAGGUCUUAAACAUGCUACAGGUGAAGCUGUAUUUUGUGAUGACAUCCCUAUGGUGGAUAGAGAACUUUUCAUGGUUUUGGUGACCAGUACAAGAGCCCAUGCAAAAAUCAUAUCAAUUGAUUUGUCUGAGGCCCUUGAACUGCCCGGAGUGGUUGAUGUGAUAACAGCUGAGGACAUUCCAGGCACCAAUGGUGCUGAGGAUGACAAAUUGUUGGCUGUAGAUGAGGUGCUUUGCGUGGGCCAGAUCAUCUGCGCUGUGGUUGCAGAGACAGAUGUACAGGCAAAGAGUGCAAUUGAAAAGAUAAAGAUCACCUAUGAAGAUCUGGAGCCCAUAAUCUUCACCAUCAAUGAUGCCAUAAAGCACAACUCAUUCCUAUGCCCUGAAAAAAAACUUGAACAAGGAAACAUUGAGGAGGCAUUUGAAAAAGUCGAUCAAAUUGUUGAAGGAGAGGUUCAUGUUGGAGGACAGGAACAUUUCUACAUGGAAACACAAAGAGUGCUUGUUAUUCCAAAGGCAGAGGACAAAGAGCUGGACAUUUAUGUGUCAACACAGGAUCCAGCCCAUGUGCAGAAAACAGUGUCCUCUACUUUAAACGUCCCCAUCAACAGGAUUACCUGUCAUGUCAAGCGGGUGGGUGGAGGUUUUGGCGGAAAAAUAGGAAGACCAGCUGUAUUUGGGGCUAUUGCAGCUGUGGGUGCUAUCAAAACUGGUCAUCCCAUUCGUCUUGUUCUUGAUCGUGAAGAUGACAUGUUAAUAACUGGGGGAAGACACCCAUUAUUCGGAAAAUAUAAAGUGGGAUUCAUGAACAAUGGGCGAAUCAAAGCUCUAGACAUUGAGUGUUUCAUUAAUGGAGGAUGCACACUGGAUGACUCUGAGCAGGUAACAGAAUUUCUUAUAUUAAAGCUGGAAAAUGCCUAUAAAAUCCGCAACCUUAGAUUCCGGGGCCGCGCAUGCAUGACAAAUUUACCAUCCAAUACGGCCUUUCGCGGAUUUGGCUUCCCACAAGGAACCCUGAUAACAGAAUCUUGCAUCACAGCUGUGGCAGCCAAAUGUGGCCUUCUUCCAGAAGAGAUUAGGGAGAAAAACAUGUACAAAACCAUUGAUAAAACCAUCUACAAACAAGCAUUCAGCCCUGAGACCCUUCUAAGAUGUUGGAAUGAGUGUCUGGACAAGUCUUCCUUUCACAGCAGAAGAAUGCAAGUGGAAGAGUUUAAUAAGAAGAAUUAUUGGAAGAAGAAAGGCAUUGCAAUUAUCCCCAUGAAGUUUUCUGUUGGCUUUGCUGCAACAAGCUAUCACCAGGCAGCUGCGCUUGUUCAUAUCUACACAGAUGGGUCUGUAUUGGUCACACAUGGAGGCAACGAACUGGGACAAGGUAUUCACACCAAAAUGCUGCAGGUGGCCAGCCGUGAAUUAAAACUACCCAUGUCUUAUAUGCAUGUCUGCGAGACAAGCACGGCCACGGUGCCGAAUACAGUUGCUACAGCAGCUUCCAUUGGUUCGGAUGUCAAUGGCAAAGCCGUCCAGAAUGCAUGUCAGAUCCUUCUGAAACGCCUUGAGCCCAUCAUUAAGAAAAAUCCAGGAGGUACAUGGGAGGACUGGAUAGAAGCUGCUUUUGAACAAAGAAUCAGUCUUUCAGCCACUGGAUACUUCAGGGGCUACAAGGCCUACAUGGACUGGGAGAAGGGAGAAGGAGACCCUUUUCCAUACUAUGUCUACGGAGCAGCCUGUUCUGAGGUUGAAAUUGACUGCCUGACUGGAGCUCACAAGAAAAUCAGAACGGACAUCGUCAUGGAUGCAUGUUGCAGCCUAAAUCCCGCCAUUGAUAUUGGGCAGGUUGAAGGUUCCUUUAUUCAGGGAAUGGGCCUUUAUACUACUGAAGAGCUAAGAUAUUCCCCAGAAGGUGUUCUGUACUCUCGAGGCCCAGAUGAAUAUAAAAUUCCAACCAUCACUGAUGUCCCAGAGGAGUUCAAUGUCUCCUUGUUACCAUCAUCACAAACUCCACUAACCAUCUAUUCAUCCAAGGGCCUGGGGGAGUCUGGGAUGUUCUUGGGGUCAUCUGUGUUCUUUGCCAUCACUGAUGCUGUGGCCGCAGCUUGCAGAGAAAGAGACAUAGUUGAGGACUUCAUAGUGAAGAGUCCAGCUACUCCAGAACAAGUUCGAAUGGCCUGUGCAGAUCAGUUCACAGAGAUGUCGGUGAGGCGCGACGCUCGCUUGUCCCGGGACGAGGUUGUGGCCUCGAGUCGUAGGACAGGGCGCGGGGGUGGAGAGGGGUGGGGGGACGGUCAGGGAGGUCGAGGGUCUGCGGCCGGGACUGGGACGUCGGGCGCGGGGUGCGCUGCGGCACUGGAGACCGAGGCAGGGCCCCCUGCGGCCUUGCCCGGCCUGGGUAACAAAGCCGCUGCGGCCUCUGUUGGGUGA